UUUGCUGCUGAGUGGUUGUCGUUUUGAUCUGUUUUGAAACGCUUGUUUUUGCUUUAUAAGAUUGAAGCUAUUGGUUAUUGUCAUCGAAUUACAACGACGAAUUAAGAAAUCCACGAAUAUAUUGAGAAAAUCGCAGGUAUGAGUGGAAAUCAAGAUUUCAAAAAUGCAACAUCCGUUUAUGACUUCACCGUCAAAUCCAUCAAAGGAGAAGAUGUGCCAUUAUCUAAGUACAAGGGUCAUGUUCUUCUUAUCGUAAACGUCGCCUCAAAAUGCGGCUUGACGUCAUCCAAUUACAAGGAACUGAAUGAGCUACAUGACAAAUACGCUGAAACAAAAGGUCUGCGCAUCCUUGCGUUUCCGUGCAAUCAGUUUGGAAAGCAAGAACCAGGCACUAGUGAAGAAAUUUGCAGUUUUGCUGAACGCCGAAAUGUAAAGUUCGAUUUGUUUGAAAAAAUCGAUGUCAACGGAGAAAACGCCCACCCGCUCUGGGAAUACUUGAAGCAAGAGCAAGGUGGUAUUAUGGGUAGCUUUAUCAAAUGGAAUUUCACCAAAUUCAUCGUGGACAAGGAAGGUAAAGUUGUCGAACGGCACGGCCCAAAGGAUCCCCCCAGCAAGUUCGCGUCAAACCUUGAGAAAUAUUUCUAAUUUACUUUAUUUAAUCCUCUCAACAGUGUUGUAUAGAUUUUAAGUCAUCUGCUACGCGUGGUAACAGUUAAUCUUAUUUUUCGUUUAAUCCUUGAUUUGUUUCACGUGAUCGGCAUUUUUCAAAUAAUAAUCAUGCGCCGGUAUUAUUGUUGUCGGAUAUCACGUUUAAUUGCCGAGAGAAAUAUCCUGCGAUAAGUCAAAAUGAUUAUAUAAGCCUAAUGCGCCUUGUAUAUGUUUUAGGCUCUUUCAAGUUACCGCCAUUUUUUAUUAAUUUAGUGUAAUACUACAUGCCGUAAAUGAUCCAUGCUUAUUCUUAUACGAUUCUACUAAUAAUCUCAUACUUUUGUAACUUGAUUUUUUAUGUAUGACCGAGUAUAUUUUUGAGAAUAAAACUUCGGUAAAAUACU